GCAUGCUUCAACGCCCCCAUGCUGGCAUGACUGGCAUGAGGGCUGUAGCGUGAUGGGCAUGGGCGCAGCUUCGAGCAGCCGCUGCUUUGUGCGGCCGCCCCUGCUGUCCUGCCGAGGCGUGUUGGCGGUGGAGAAAUGGGGGCAGGGAGGCAGGGCGGCAGUGCAGGCUGGGGGGAGCAUCAAAGUGGGCGGUGGUCAUGUCAGCGUGGCCACACCUCCAGCAGUCCGUGCACGAGGCAUUGCAGCAAGUGCUUUUGUUCGCCAUGGGUGUCUGGGCGGCGCGCCAUGGGGCCUAAGUGUCGGCAUUGUGCGUUGCAGGACCUGGUUCUCAGCCUCGCAGCCUGGUCCGCUGCUUGGGACCAGCUUUGAUUCAUUUCAAACCCAAGCUUUGGCCGUUGAGGCAGCACAGGUAGAGGAGUCAGCCCCUGCGGAGGCCUCCUUGCAAGACUCUGGGCGCGGGCCUGCUGUGGACUGGGAGGUGGGGCGCUGGGUAGUGUUCUCGGACCUGCACCUGAGCCGGCGCACGCUGGACAUCUGCCUGCAGACACUGCGCCAGGUGCACGCAGAGGCCGCCGCCAGGAAUGCGGGCAUCCUGUUCCUGGGGGACUUUUGGCAUGAGCGGGGGGCGCUGCCGGUGGAGCCGCUGAACCAGGUGCUGCAGGUGAUCCAGGCAUGGCAGCGCCCCACGCUCAUGAUCCCAGGCAACCAUGACCAGGUCAGCAUUGGUGGUGAAGUCCACUCGCUGACACCCCUGGCCGCGGCGUCCCCCUUCAUCCGAGUCCUCCACGAGCCCAGCGUGGUCCAGGGCGCCCUGUUUGUCCCGUACAGGCGCGACCACCAGCUGGUGCUGGACGCCAUGCAAGCCCACCCCGACGUCAAGGCCGUCUUUGCGCACAUUGACGUGGCGGGCGCCUAUCUGAACAACUCGUUCCAGGCCAAGGACGGCAUCGCCCCGGCGGCCCUCCGCAAGGACGUGCCCAUUUACACGGGCCACUACCACCGGCCCCACACGGUUGACGGCACCAGCGUGCGCUACGUGGGCUCCCCCUACCAGGUGUCGCGCAGCGAGGCCGGCCAGCAGAAGCACCUCCUUGUGCUCGACCAAGACUGGCAGGAGGAGGAGGUGAUCCCCCUCUCCGUUGGGCCGCGCCACUUCUCGGUGUCAGGAGCCACUCCCGACCUGCCAGAGGACCUUCGGGCGGGGGACCGCCUGCGGUGGGAGGUGCCCGCCGAGUGGGCGCUCCUGGCCAAGCAGGCCCGGCCCAGCGCCAAGGCGGCGCCUCACCCGGUGGCGGACACCCUGGCUGACUUGCGGCGGCGCGGCGUGGAGGUAGAGGUGGUGUACCCCCUGCCGGCCAGCACGCCGCGCAUCCAGAAGGCGGAAGAGCUGGACGCCUUUUCGCUCUUCUCCCAGUACGCUGCCACGGUGGGCCUGUCGCCGCCUGCUCUGGCCCGCGGCCACGCCCUGCUGCGCGAGCUGGACCUGCCGGCCCGGGCGCUGCGGCGGCCGCGCGCGGACGUGGUCUUCCGGCGGCUCGAGCUGGAGGGGUACGGCCCGUUCCUGGCCCGUACCGAGUACUGCCUGGGGCCCGCGCGAGGCCUGCGCGCCAUCACGGGCAGCAUCCAGGACGGCGGCCAGGGCUCCGACAGCAACGGCGCAGGCAAGACGACUCUGGUGAUGGCCCCGCUCUGGGCCCUCACAGGCUCGACGGACGCCCGCCCCGGCGCGGAGGGCGGGCUGCUGCUGGGGGAGGUGGUGCACCCCGAGGCCGCCAGCGCGCGCGUGCGCCUGGAGGGCGACGUCAACGGGCGGCCCUUCACAGUGGAGCGGACGGCCGGCCGCCGCUCGGGGCUGCGCUUCGAGGUGGACGGCGAGGACCGUACGCAACAAGAGAUGCGGCUCACGCAGGACAAGAUCAACGACCUCCUGGAUACGGCCUCGUUGCGCCGGAUCGCCUUUCACGGUCAGCACGCGGUGGGUGGCCUCCUCGAGGCCAACGACAGAGAGCUCAAGGAGGAGCUGUCGCGCAUGGUGUCGAUGGAGGUGUGGGUGGCUGCGGCGGAGGCGUGCAAGCGGCUGCUCAAGCAGCAGCGCACGCACGUGGAGCACCUGCACGGCGCCGCCGCCGAGCUGCGCAACAGAACCGCUGCGCUGGAAGCAGAGAUUGAGCGGACCGAGUCCGAGCAGCGGCAGUUUGAGCAGUGGAAGGCGGCACAGGCGUCCCAGCUGGAUGGCCAGCUGGCCGCCACGCGCAGCCAGCAGGCGACGGCUCUGCAGCGGUGCCUGGAAUCCGCGGUCCGCCUGGAUGCGUGCAUCGCCGCGACGGCGGGCCUGCUGACCGACUGGGAGGACGCCGCGCUGGGGGACGUCCUGGGGCCGCCCGGGGCGGGCAUUAUGCGGCGGGGGUGUCGGCGGAGGAGGAGGAGGCGGCGGCACUGGCGCAGGAUGCGCAGAUGGAGCUGUGCUGCUGCGGCGGUGGAGGCCGCGCGCGCCCGGCUGGCAUCGUUCACGGCGGCCAACGCGGAGGCGGUGGUGUGCGAGCGCUGCCUGCAGCCCGUCACUGGGGAGCACCUCGCGGCCAGCGUCGCCGCCAUGCGCUCCGACCUCCAGCACGAGCAGGCGCGCCUUGAGCAGCUGCGACAGGAGGAGGCGGAGAUGGAGGCGGUGCUGGAGGGCGUGCGAAGUAUCCUGGAGGACCUGCGCACCACGCGGCGGCAGCACGAAGCGCGCCGCAGGAGCGACGACGAGCAGAGGCGGGCCGCCGCCAGGCAAGAACGGCAGGAGCUGCAGCAGGCGCGCAGCCGGCUGGCGGCGGCUGAAAGAGAACGGGACGACGCGCGGGGCCUGGACGUCGCCACGUUUGAUGCCCUGCGCCGUAGCACGCCCGCGGGUGGCCUCGCAGAGGACGCCGCGGGUCAGCCCUCGGCCCCCUCCAAGAGGACUCCCAUUGCGGACCGAGCACGUGCCUCUUUGGAUGAGCUCCAGCAGGCGACGUCGGCGGUGCGGGAGGGUCACCAUGCCGCUGUGGCGGCGGAGGCGGCCGUGGGAGAGCUGGAGCGGCGGCAAGAGGAGGUGGCGGGGAAGCAGGACCCACACGCGGCGCAGAGGGACACGCUGGCACGCAUGCACGCUGAUGCGCAGGCGGAGCUAGCGGCGCGGGAGGCUGCCAUCGGGACAGGCGAGGCGGAGGUGGGCGUGCUGCGCGCGGUGGAGGCCGCGGUGGGCCUGGCGGGCAUUCAGAGCUUCGUGCUGGAGGGCGCGCUCGCGGAGCUGGAGGCGCGCACGGCCGCGCUGCUGGACACGCUCUCGGGGGGGACGCUCGCGCUGCACCUUGCCGCCACGCGUGUCGGCAAAACCACCAAACGAGAGCAGGAGAAGAUCGACAAGGUGGUCCGCGUGCAGCUGGGCGACGGCCGCGUGGUGGACCGCUCAGUGCGCCAGCUCAGCGGCGGGGAGCGCCAGCGCGUCGCAGUCGCGCUCCAGCUCGCGUUCGCCGACUUCGCCGCGGAGCGCAGCGGCGUGCACUCCGACCUCGUCGUGCUCGACGAAGCCUUCCAGCACUUGGACACGGCGGGUCGGUCGCGCAUGCUGGCCGUCCUGCGCGGGCUGGCGGCGGGCAGCGUGCUGGUGGUGAGCCAGGCCAACGGGGAGCUGGCCGGCAUGUUCGACCUGGUCGACACCGUCGUGCGGGACGCGCGCACCGCCACCGUCGUCGUCACCUAGCAUCCCGCCGCAGUGUGCAGCGGGGCAGCCCCGCGGGCAUGUGAGCCCGCGAGCCUCCACGUAGGGCGACAUAGCGAGAGAUGCGGCUCGGCUGAGCUGCAGUCGAGCGGCAUUAGAAGCCGCAGAUGUAGAAUGUAGAUAGACUGCCUGCAUUUUACAGCGAGUGAUCGGACUGAUCAAAUAGCCAUACGCCACUUAAAGAGGUUGCGGAAGGUCGUUCUCGUUGAGGAUGUUGCACGCCAAUUGUUCGGCACUGACGUUCUGGGUGCCUGCAAUAUCAAACUAUCGAAGGGAAAGUAACCAGCAAACUUGGAGAAGUCGCUGUAGAAAGAGGAAUAUAUCGUCCGUUUGAAAACGCUGUAAAGGCUCGCACUUGCGAUUCCAAGUGCAUUGCUUUUUAAAUACUUUCAAGACGGCGCCAAAGCUACGGAAGGGAGUCACGGAAGUUGAAGCCAAUUGUAACAACCUGCUCCGCCAUUUUCCGAGCGCGCUCCAAGUGGGCUCCUUGAAUCUGGGGUUCUUUCGCGGUGGCCAGCCUUCCUGCGUCGCCU